AUGCUGGGACUGCGCGCACUCCUCAACCUGCCUUCUACCACUCUUCAGCCCGAAGCACUUGCCCUGCAGCGUCGACUUCUCUCCCUGCUGGUCCCACCGGCAGACGCGGUGGAUCAU